CCUGACGUCAACAGUCACGGGGCGCAGAGGAUCCUGGUCUGGGGUUUAAAUAUCUAGGUCGGGCGCUCCACGUGGUCUGUGUGUCUCCGCUCAGUGUCAGAGGAGGAGCUGUCUACAUUCCCAGAGAUGGCUGACACUGUCCUAGUGAUUGGCAGCGGAGCCAGAGAGCAUGCGCUUGUCUGGAAACUGGCACAGUCUGCCCACGUCAAAGAGAUCCUUGUUGCUCCGGGGAAUGCUGGUACUUGUGGUGGUGGGAAGAUCGCCAAUACUGAUGUCCCAACCAGUGAUCAUCCCCGGCUCAUCCAGUUUUGCAAGAGCAAGAACAUUACACUUGUGGUGGUUGGUCCAGAAGCUCCUCUAGCUGCAGGUCUUGUGGAUGAUUUGACAGCGGCUGGUGUGAGAUGUUUUGGACCCUCUGCCAAAGCUGCCCAGCUGGAGGCCAGCAAAAGUUUUGCCAAAGACUUUAUGGACCGCCAUGGGAUUCCGACAGCCAAGUGGAAAUCUUUCACUGAUCCAAAAGAAGCGUGCGACUUUAUCACUAGCGCUGAUUUCCCGGCUCUGGUGGUGAAGGCGAGCGGCCUGGCUGCUGGGAAAGGUGUGAUUGUAGCCAGCAGCAAGGAGGAAGCCUGUAAGGCGGUUCGUGAGAUCAUGCAGGAAAAGGCGUUUGGAGACGCUGGGGAGACGGUGGUAGUGGAAGAGCUACUGGAAGGGGAAGAAGUGUCUUGCCUGUGUUUCACUGAUGGGGUCACUGUUGCCCCAAUGCCACCAGCCCAGGAUCACAAAAGACUGAUGGAUGGAGACAAAGGUCCCAACACGGGAGGAAUGGGAGCCUAUUGUCCAGCCCCUCAGAUCUCCAAGCAAUUACUAGAUGAAAUCCGGGGUUCUGUAUUGCAAAGAGCAGUUGAUGGAAUUCGAGAAGAGGGCAGCCCAUAUAUUGGCGUUCUCUAUGCCGGUAUCAUGCGUACAAAGGAGGGAUUUAAGGUGCUGGAGUUUAACUGUCGAUUUGGGGAUCCAGAAUGUCAGGUUAUUCUGCCGCUGCUUCGGAGUGACCUGUACGAGGUUAUCCAGGCCACCAUGAAUGGCCGGCUUGCCACGUGUAUGCCUGUCUGGCUAGAGGAUCAUGCUGCUGUUACGUUGGUGAUGGCCAGCGGGGGUUACCCUGGUAACUAUGCAAAGGGCCUGGAAAUCACUGGACUUACUGAAGCCAAAGACCUUGGCCUGCAGGUGUUCCAUGCUGGCACCGCUCUAAAGGAUGGCAAGGUGGUCACCAGCGGCGGUCGUGUUCUUACGGUUACGUCUAUUGGGAAGGAUUUGGUGUCUGCUCUGGAAGAGGCAAACAAAGGGGUUGAAGCCAUAACGUUUUCUGACGCAGUGUAUAGAAAGGAUAUAGGUUACCGCGCUAUAGCGUACCUCACGCAGCACAGGUCCCUGACAUACAAAGACAGCGGAGUGGAUAUUGGGGCUGGGAAUGCUCUUGUCCAGAAAAUUAAACCUUUUGCUAAAGCCACUGCGAGACCAGGGUGCAAUGCGGAGCUUGGAGGCUUUGCCGGCCUGUUCGACCUUAAAGCUGCGGGAUAUAUGGACCCCAUACUAGUAUCCGGGACUGACGGUGUAGGAACAAAACUGAAGAUUGCACAGGCAUGUAACAAGCAUGACACCAUCGGGCAGGACCUAGUGGCUAUGUGCGUGAAUGACAUCUUGGCACAGGGAGCAGAGCCUCUGUUUUUCCUGGAUUACUUUGCCUGUGGGGCCUUAGACGUGUCCGUGGCUGGAUCGGUGGUUGCCAGUAUAGCCAGAGCUUGCCAAAUAGCAGGAUGUGCUCUUCUCGGUGGUGAAACUGCGGAGAUGCCGGGAAUGUAUGCCCCUGGGGAGUACGACUUGGCCGGCUUUGCUGUGGGUGCAGUGGAGAGGGGCCACAUGCUGCCACUUCUGGAGAGGAUCACGGCAGGGGACCUGGUUAUCGGCGUCUCUUCCUCUGGCGUUCAUAGCAACGGCUUCAGCCUGGCCAGGAAGGUGCUUGAGAAGUCGGGACUGGAACUAUCUUCAGCAGCACCGUCUGGGUGUGGGGACAUGACGUUGGGAGAACUUCUAUUGACGCCUACCAAAAUCUACAGCAAGAGCCUCUUACCCAUUCUUAAGUCUGGCUGUGUAAAGGCAUACGCUCACAUUACUGGGGGUGGACUGCUGGAGAACAUUCCUAGGGUCCUGCCUGCAUCUCUUGGAGUCACUUUGGAUGCCCUGUGCUGGAGGAUACCAGGAGUGUUCUCAUGGCUGCAGAAGGAGGGAGGUCUGUCAGAGGAGGAACUAACACGGACGUUUAACUGUGGGAUUGGCGCAGUAUUGGUGGUGGAGAAAGGGUUGGCUGGAAAGGUUCUGAUGGAGGUGCAGGCGGUGGAAGAAGCGUGGAUUAUCGGGGAAGUGUCCUCAUGCCCCAAAGACUCCUCGAGCGUGGAAGUAAAGAAUCUGAUGGCUGCUCUGCACAGUACAGAAUCGCAGCCUCAACCCUAUAUCUCUGCAUCCGUCUGUGGUGGACCCGACAAGGCAUGGGAAGGGAGAGCGAGAGUGGCUGUUCUCAUCUCCGGUACAGGUACAAAUCUUGAAGCUUUAAUCAAGAGCACCAAGACUCCGGGUAGUGCCGCCUAUAUUGCCCUGGUAAUCUCCAACAAAGCUGGGGUGGGAGGACUGCAGAAGGCAGAAGCAGCCAAUAUCCCAACAAAGGUCAUUGACCACAGGGGGUACAAAAGCCGUGAAGAAUUUGACACCGCAGUGGACCUAGUCCUGGAGGAGUUUUCCAUUGAGUUUGUAUGCCUGGCCGGAUUCAUGAGAAUCUUAUCUGGACCUUUUGUCAAAAAAUGGAAUGGGAAGAUCCUGAACGUCCAUCCGUCCCUGCUGCCGUCAUUUAAAGGAGCCCACGCACACAGGCUGGUGCUGGAAGCCGGAGUGAGAGUCACUGGUUGUACUGUGCACUUUGUGGCUGAGGAAGUUGAUGCUGGGGCAAUCGUCUUUCAAGAGGCUGUUCCGGUGGAGCUUGGCGAUACAGAGGAAACCUUGUCUGAGCGGGUGAAGAAGGCUGAACACAAAGCCUUCCCAGCUGCCUUGCAGCUUGUGGCCAGUGGGGCGGUGGUGCUGGGAACGGAUGGCAAGCUCUGCUGGAAGAAGACACCAUCUAACCAGGGCUUGGCUGAAUAAAGUCUUAAAGCCACGUAUUACACUGCGGUUCUGACCAUUCCCUGUGUUGUCCUUGUCUGGUUUUUGGCUUUGAAGUGACAAAUGAUGGCUUACAUCUGCCACUGAGCGCUGCAAAUGGGAAGAUUUAAAAAGACAAACAAGUAUGUGGGUGCAGUCUACACAAAGAUAGAGGACCCAUGCAUGCUCACCAUGGACACUGGCCACUGUUGCCAUUGAUCUGCUCAUGGAGACCAGGGCCACUGUUCCAGAGUUUGUUUGUUUUUUAGCAGGUACACACAAUGACUAUGUGGGGCUCCCACCCACCAUAUUGCAUCCCUGUGCCUUACGAAGACUGUUGUGCAAAUGUGAUUACCAGGUGCAUUUUGCUACCCCGCCAUAGUGAUGUUCUGGCGGUCACUCUGAAUUGUGCACCAAAUAAGGACUGCAGCAGAUCUCUCAGGGCAUCAGCAGCGCAGCAUACUCACAGGCCCUCAGUGUGCGGGGCAGGCUGACUUGGAUUACAGUAGGUCCUGGAAUCCUGUGACCCACAUGGUCCCCAGGACACACUAGAUGACUGUAGUACCUACUAAAUGUCUAGCUGCUAAAUGGACUGAAGGCUGUGGUAUGUACUGUUCGCACACACAUAAGCCAGCAGUGGUCUGUGACUAGAGGCCAAUAGUUACUGCCGCUGACGGCUGUUUAAGUGACU